GAUUGUUCAGUAGAUUUUAUCGAUUUGAGGCUGCAGUGUCGAACUAUAGGGAAAUGGCUAAGAUAUUAAUAGCAGUUGGAAUAGCAUCACUUUGUGCAGCAAUAAGUACCGCUUAUGACUUUAAGGAUUCGGCAUUUAAUGAGGUAAUUUUUAGGGAUCUACUUGAUCUCACUGAUGAUGAUGAUAAUUCAGUCCUUCACCGAGAAGUUCGAACCGCGGAUACUGCAGCUAUCCGAGUAGAUCCUCUACCAAGUGCAGAGUGCAAAGAAAAGAGAAGAGAUCGCGGAUUUUACUGUUGUAAUGAUAAAGUCGACCUUAAUCAAUUGGAGAUAAUUAGGGGUGUCAGAAAGGAAUGUCUAGCUGAGCUCCAUGGAAAUGAUUCCGAUAUCUACUUCAAAUUCGACCCAUUCACUUGUGAAAAACUAGAAGAGCUCAAAAAGGAUGUAACCUGCAUUGCUGAAUGUGUUGGCAAAAAAUUCGGACUCCUCGAUGACUCUGGGAAUAUCAAGCCUGAUAUCUUCCUGGCUUACUUGAAAAUGAAGGCAAAGGACUCUGAAUGGAAGCUGCAAGUUACUGACGAAAUUGCGGGAAAGUGUAUUGAGGAUACCAGGAAGGAAGUUGAGCAUCAUCUUGCUGAACGAGGUUUGACAAGUGGGAAGAUAUGUAAUCCAAGUUCAUUGAAAAUCAGUCAGUGUUUGUGGCGUGAAUAUGUGAGAGCGUGUCCGAAGAAUCUUCAAACAGAUUCGCCAAAGUGCUGUAAGUUAAGGGAGAAAAUUGAGAAAGGUGACGCUGUUACCUAUAAGGGAUUCUAUUUGAGGCAUUUGAAUGAUGAUAAGUGAUAAUGUUAGAAUUUAUAGGAUUUGAUUAAGGGUUAGGUUUGGUUUGAUGGUUUUGAAUAAAAGAUUUACCAA